ACAUCGACAACCGAGUACACUUGAAGUUAUUUGACUGAUGUUUUUGUCGUAUUGCUGGCAAUCGGAAGGGAAUGUCGAUGUUGACCACUGCUUGACUGUCACAUAAGAUAGCUAAGGAUGGCUGGAUGUCACAGUGGCCAAUCCACCCUUGUCAACAGCUUGGCCACUCUGCUUCGGGAUCAUGGUGCAUCUGUGCUGGACGGCAGCAGUACCCUGACUCUACAGGCAGACUCUCUGCAGCACCUAGGUCGUCUGUUUGAGCAGUACCUCCUCUCCAGGACUCACCAACAUGGCUUCCUGGCUCUGCCCUCACACCCUGCUGACACCACCUCCCUACUGCAACUCCAGUUCCUGUUCGACGUGCUGCAGAAGACUGUCUCCCUCAAGCUCAUCAAUCCACCUGGGUCGAGGCUUCAGUCAGUGGUCAAGAUCUUUCCUUUCAAGUCUCUCAAGUCCUUAGAGUUGAAGCGUAUCCCCCCUCACUGUCUGGAGGACCUGAGGGGAGUCUACUCUCAGUUAGAGGUGUUCACCUGCUCCAAGAGCCUCAGUUCCCUGGAGGAGCUACUGUCUCUGUGUGGAGGAGACCUCAGCUCUGCACUGCCCUGGCUGGARCUGCACACCCUCAACUUCAGCUACAAYRCUAUAGUCUGCCUGGAUGAGUCACUSAGUUUACUGAAUGUUCUGAAGUCUCUGGAUCUUAGUCACAAUAAAAUCCAGGAGUGUGCUGACUUUCUCAAGCCUCUGAGUGAGCUAGAGCACCUCAACCUGGGCUAUAACAAUCUCCAGAGAGCACCAACGCUGGGCUUGAGCUCCAGAGCCAAGCUCCUCACUCUCAUCCUCAGAAACAACGAGCUGGAGACCAUCAACGGAGUGGAGCAGUUGUUGUCCCUACAGCACCUGGACUUGGCCUACAACCUGCUACUGGAUCACUCCCAGCUGGCUCCUCUGUCUAUGCUGCACAGUCUCAAAAUGGUGAAGGAGAGAGAGAACUUAGAACCCCCAACCAACAACAGCCCCGUCCAGGCAAGCCCCGCCACCUUUAAGCCCCCUUCUCYAGAGCUGGAAGUCCCGGAGGUUCUACCCCCACCGCUGCUCUCGUCUGAGUCCAAGGAGGAGGCSUCAGACUGGGAUGCAGAUCUGGAGACAGAGUCCACCCUCCAGUGGCCUGACCACAGCCUCGGGCACACAGAGUCCACCCUGGAGACUACUAUGGCAGAGGGACUGGGUCAGGGGUUAGAGGGGCCACUGGCGACACCCACGGACACCAGAGAAGAGGAGGAGGAGGACUUGGGAGUUGACCUGUGUCACCCCCUGCUUGUGGGAGUACUAUCAUCAUCAGAAGAGGAGGAGGAGGAGGAGGAGGGGCUGAGGAGGAAGAACAGGGCCCAGUGUCCUGUGUUCCUCAGGGUCAAGCCAAGACACGUCCUGGAGGUGGACAUGAGCAGGGGUCAGUUGCAGGCCCAGCUAGAGUUGGACAGUCUGGAGAGGUUCACCAUGUCCCAGGUCACCUGGACUGAGAGGGAGGUGGAGCGAACUCUUCCUGCGGUAGAGCUUCACUUCCGUUACACAGCAGAGAGAGGAGGAGGAGACCUAUGUUAUGCUGGAGCACUGACAGAGUACUGUCGCGUGGUGAAGGAGAAUGAGCGGCGGGUCAUGGAGGGUCGUCCCAGCUGGUCCGCCUGCAGUGUCUACGCUGUGGUCAGAGUUCACACAGCGUGGAGGAAGGAGCAGCAGGACGGAGGGAGAUUGAGAGGAUGGACAGGACUGGAAGAGCAGCAGCUGGAGGAGGAGAGGAAGAACAAGUGCAGAGAAGAUGGAUUGGGAAGUACCGUCAUCUGUCCUGAGUGUGGCAGUGAUCAUGUGGUCCAGCUGGCUGACCAAUCAGCUCCCUCCACCAGUACGCCCGUCCAUACACCCGUCCAUGGUUCCCCAUGCCAAGACGGGACUGACCGACACGUUACCUUCAACCACAGAGAUACACCUCUACCCAGUCACCCUGGCAACAAGGACCCCACCAUGAAAGAUCCUUCCUCUGCCAGGGCCAGCCCCUACGGCAGCCCUGCUAUGAAGGCCUCAACCCAGGACACUAUCCAGACCAGCACCUCCAUGGAGGACCCCACCUCCUUCUUCUCAGCCAAGGGAAGCUCCUUCUCCUUGGGGGAGACCUGGGAGGACCAGAGCUGUGACCGGAGYSUGUCCCAACCUGCCAGCUUCUACAGUACAGAGGGCCAGAGUAAAGGAAGUAUAGCAGGAGGCUACAGCUAUGCUGUUAGUGCUACCCCACCUGGACCCCAGUAUCAGCAUGCAGAACAAGCCAGUCCAGGCCAGUUGGACCUUCUCUCAGAGGACUAUGAGGCGGUGGACCAUCGGCUGAAGCUCUUCCUGGAUAUGGAGUUUGAAGAGGAAGAAGAGCUCCACUCGUUUCUCAAGGUGUCGACCGUGAAGUUUGGUGAUCUGGUGAGUUCCCUCGUUCCUUGUUUGUCUGACCAACGCAUCUACUUCCUGGAAGUGACAUCCGACAUGGAAGGGCAGCCUUGUGAUUGGCUGCAGAAGAGGGACAGCCGUGGAAUCACAGAGCUGAGUUACCUGGAGGUGGGACUGGGCUCCCAGAGUAUCCACAUGGAGUUUGAGGACGGGCCUGUGGCCUACACCCCUGUACGGGACAGCGUGCGUUGCAAACGCUUCUUCAGCCUCUUCACAGGAGUGGUGCGUGAGUUGGCUACCAAGUCGGACAGCAAGCUUAAGUCUAUCUCCACCACCAGGCUCAACCCACAGCAUCAUCUCUGGCCCCUAGUGUGUGAAGACAUGCAGACUGAUGUGGAGGAUGGCCAGCCACAGUUCUUCUACCUCCUGUCCUUUCUACAUCAAGAAGACAGUGUGACCCCUCUGACAGUGCUGGCCACCCGGGAAACCCUGUACCUGCUCAACGAAGACCACCAAUGGAGCAAGAGCUUGCCCCACCCAUCAGCCAAUGAGAACGGGGAACCCUGCAGUGGGCGGGUCACUGUUCAGGAGACCCAGCCAAUCAGCUGUGUCAGCUCUGUCCAUCUAUGGUCGUCUGACCCGUGCAGAAUGGACAUCAAGCUUUAYGAUGAGAUAGUGAAGGAGGAGAAGACGUGGUCGUUGCACUCUGACAGUGCAGAGCUGGUGCAGGGCCUGCUGGUCUGGGUCAGAACACAAUGGGAGAACAUGUUCGGAGUCAAACUCGCCAUCACCAACCUCACCCUACCAGCCUGAGGGAAAACACCCCCCCUUCCAACUGUGUGUGUGCACCUGCAUGAGUGUGGCUGUGGGUCUGUCUGUCUCUUCACUGUCAGACGUGUCCCUMAAUAGGACAGUAUGUUUACCUGGUUUGAAGCCAACUAUGAUUUCCUGAUGUUUGGUCACUUUUACAAAAGCACUGAUCUGUUAACGCCUCAUCUGAAUCCCGUCCAUUUUAUAACCCUGCCAGUAUAGCCAGCCAGGGAGAGUGCCUUGUGGUGUUGCCAGUCCUGCUAYGUUCUAAUGCACCUUGAAUAUGUGAAAGGGGUGAGGGGGAAUCAUGUGUUUCUUUCAGGGGGGUGAGGACAAGAAUAUGAGGGAGAAAGGGGUAAGCAAAAAUGUGAGUUGAGGGUAAUUGUGUGUGUGUGUUAUCAAGGAAGCUAGUCCAUUCCUCUGAAGCUCAGUGGACUGUGACUUCAUCAGGAGUCCCGGGACUGGAGCAGUGAGUUGUGACAUCACACGCUCGACACAAGGCUGUCUAGCCAUCCCGUGAGGCUCCGCUCCAGACACCUCUGACGUGACACCUCUGAUGUGACAACUCUUAGUUAUUUUAUUUUUAAUCAGGGACUUUUGAUGUCUCUAUGCACUGUGAUUAUGUAAAGGAAAAGGGCAACCGAAGGCCAAAGUAAGGGCAACCCAAGUGAAGAGUUGCAGCCAAGGCAAUGAACCGGGACAGUAUCUGUGUUCUGUAUUCUUGGGAAAAGUGCAGAAUACGCAUGAUAGGGAAUGUGAAAGGGAAGGGUUCUGACUGACCUGUUUUAAAGUGGGUGGUGUUAGUUGGUUUGUGGCUGUCUGUUAAAAUGUGUAGUCUUAUGCUAAUACCUCUCUAGUGC